AUGCCGGCACGAAUUCUUUCGGCCGACGAAACAACACUCAGAAUGGACGAGAAUCUUUCUAUACUCAAUCCCGUGCCCAGCAAAUUGGAAGGUCCCGGGCUACUUCACGAACUUAUAUCAGGUCCUGAAACUCCCGGAACUGCUCUGGAAUACCUGGACGCGGAUGGUCAGACGAGCACAUUAUCCUACUCGGACCUGCACAGGAGGUCAGAGCAUCUAGCAUGGCGAUUGACCCAAGUUAGUCGCAGGGUCUCGCAGAAGGGUCUUGGAAUUGUGCCCAUCUAUAUACCGCAAUGCACAUAUUUGUACAUUUCGCAACUGGCGAUUCUCAAAACAGGAGCUGCAUUCUGUCCCUUGAAUCUGGACGUACCAGAAGAAAGAUUAAAGUUCAUAUUGCAGGACACUUCGGCUAGCAUUCUUCUAACGACUACUGCUAUGCGCCCAAAACUUCCGGACCUGCAGGACGUCUUCGUUGUUGCAGUGGACGACGAGCAGUCCGAAGUCAAAUUUGACACCGAAGACUUAAGAAUGCUCGGAGAUGAGAUGGCACGUCCCGACACUUCUUCUCUUGCCUAUAUCAUGUAUACCUCGGGCAGUACUGGACUCCCAAAGGCGGUUUGUCUGUCGCAUCGGGCAGUGACACAGUCUCUUCUGGCACAUGACCGAUUCAUCCCAAGUUUCUCAAGGUUUCUGCAGUUCGCAAGCCCAACGUUUGAUGUCAGUGUGUUCGAGAUAUUCUUUCCUUGGUUUCGUGGAUCUACACUUGUCUCAGUCGAACGCAGCCGCAUGCUUAACGACCUUUCUGGAACGAUCGCAUCAUUGAACAUAGAUGCUGCCGAGCUUACGCCAUCAGUCGCUGCUAGUCUGGUUCGUACAAGGGACAAUGUUCCCAGUUUACGGACACUCCUUACCAUUGGUGAGAUGCUCAACACCCAGGUUAUCCAACAAUUUGGCGGCUCAGAUGACGAGCCCGGUAUCUUGUAUGGCAUGUACGGUCCUACUGAGGCUGCCAUUCACUGUACUCUACAACCAGACUUUGCGGUUGAUCUACCUGCUGGCACUAUCGGGGUUCCUCUGGACACCGUCUCUUGUUUCAUUGUCGAGCCAGCAGUAUUUGCCGAACGCGCUAGCGAUAUCAAAAUCUUGCCAAUAGGUGAGAUAGGCGAGCUCGUUGUAGGAGGACAUCAACUAGCAGAUGGGUACCUGAAUCGGGAAGAACAGACUCGAGCUGCUUUCGUGGUCCAUCCGAAGUUUGGUAGUCUCUACCGCACUGGUGACAAGGCUCGCCUUCGUCGUAACGGCACACUGGAAUGCCACGGACGUAUCUCGAGUGGCCAGGUCAAACUCAGAGGUCAACGUGUCGAGCUAGGGGAGAUUGAGCAUGCUGCAUCAAAGGCUGCCGGCUGUCACGCAGUAGUUGCAAGCGUCAUAUCAGGUCUCUUGAUCCUUUUCUGCAUUGGCGAUUCCGGCAAGGUUUCCUCUGAGGACAUCAAGCAAGCCUGUCAAAAGUGGCUCCCAGCUUACAUGAUACCUAGCGAUAUUGUCUUACUCGACGACUUCCCUUAUCUUCCAUCAGGCAAGGUCGAUAAGAAGAGGCUGGAGAACGAUUACAGCUCGAAAGCCCCACAGACGAUAUCGGUGGCUCCCGAUGCAUCUGCGACUGCCAACAACGUAGCGCGCAUAAUUCAAGACGUGUUAGGCGUUCCGAUUGAUCACAACACUGAGCUCAGCGCUGCUGGGCUGGACUCUCUCAAAGCCAUUCAAGUUGCUUCUGGGCUACGCAAGCAAGGUUACUCUGAUGUCGGAGCUCUUGAGCUGCUUUCAGUGUCUAACGUCCUUGCCCUUGAUAGACUUCUUCAAGCUAAGGCCAUUUCCGAUGCUGUCUAUGAAGAUGAUACUGAGAGUUGGAAGAGCAUCGUCCGCGAGCUUAGAACGAACGUGGAAUCAACCUUUGAAUCCAAUACAGCUGCAAGCGACAUACAAGACGUUAUGCCAUGUACGCCACUCCAAGAUGCGAUGCUGGUUGAAACAGCAAGGCAACCUCAAGCAUACUGCAACGAGCUUCGUUUGUCAGUGGCUUCAGCCAUGCCUAUCGAAAGAGUACGUCAAGCUCUAUCCUCGUUAGCUGAAACGCAUACUGCCUUGAGGUCUGGCUUUUGCACAUCUGGAGUUCCUCACUGUUCCUACGCUCAGAUCGUAUGGAAGACCAUGGCUGCCUCUCAAUUCGUAUGUGUUGAGUCAUGGAAUACUGGAUGGUCUAUCACAAACCAAGAGAUGCUUCUGCGACCACUUCGUUUCCAAUACAAAAGGUCUGAUGCUGGCGCGGAACUUGUAGUGAAUAUACACCAUGCAUUGUAUGACCAAUGGUCAGUUGAAGUCAUUCUUGACGAUCUGGAGGAUUUGCUGCAAGGCAGAGAAAUACCAGAAAGACCUUCGUUCGGAGCUGUCAACAAGUUCUUCAGUCUUAAGAGAAAUCAAGACCAGACAUCACAUCUCGACUUUUGGAGAGACCAUCUCUCUGGAGCUACUUCUGGUCGCUUACCAAACCUGUCACCAAAAUUGAUGCCAUUGCAGCCUCUCCAGAGUAGGGAGCAUACCAUCGAGGUGGAUAUGGGGACACUACAUCAAGCUGCACAGGCAUAUUCCUGUAGCCCACAUGUUUUCUUCCAAGCUGCAUAUGCUGUCCUUCUUGGUUCUUAUAUGGGCACAGAGGACGUGAUCUUUGGUACAGUCUUCUCCGGAAGAACUUUACCAAUCAUCGGAGUCGAAAGUAUGGUUGGACCUCUGUUGUCAACUCUUCCUUCACGGAUCAACACCGCGGAAAGCCGAAAGUUCAGCGAUGUCCUGCGUCGCCUUCAAGGUGACAAUCGUGACAUCAUGCAGCACAGCAUGACACCUUUGGCAGAUGUCAAGAAGGCCUGCGGAAUAACUCCAGGCGAGGCUCUAUUUGACAGUAUUUUUGUCUGGCAGGAGACUGCUAGACUGAGCCCACGAAACCAGCCGCUGUUGAAUCUAGUAGAAGCUCAUGAUUAUCUGGAGUUCAACCUAACUCUAGAACUCGAGCCUACUCAGUAUGGCGUAAAAACAAAGGCGACGUUCCAAUCGAGUGUUCUGCCAUCGCAACAUGUUGAAGUUUUGUUGCAGCAAUUUGAUGCUUUGGUCACGAUUGUGGUAGCACGACCUGAAACCCUCAUGAGUGAGCUCAGCAGUCAGCUUCCCGCCUCUGUCUUGUCAGUCGCAAACCCUGACCCACAAUUCUUCAAGUAUAAAGCCGGCCUUGGGUCUGUUGUCGAAGGUCAAGCUCUGGAAAACUCCAAUGACUUGGCUCUGAUCUUCGCACACGAUAUCCGGAAAGGGAAUUUAACAAUCAAUAGCUUGACAUAUGGUGAACUCAACGCCCAAGCAAAUCAGCUCGCCAAUUACCUCGUCUCGCAAGGUGCUAAGCCUGAUGAGCUUGUCUGCAUCUGCAUGGAGAAGUCCGUCGCUCUAUACGUUUCCAUUCUCGCCGCUAUCAAAGCAGGUUGUGGAUAUCUCNCUCUAGUGCCAGAGACACCUGCCUCUCGAAUCCGCCACAUUCUUUCUGAUGCCGAUGUGAAGUUGUGCUUGACAGACUCCUCGACGACAUCCAUUAUUGCUAAUCUGGAAAGUUGCCAUGUAAUCAACAUCACUUCAACCGACGUGUCCAACCAAUCAUGCACAAAUCCUCAACUUGGUUUUGAGCCCACCAGUAUUGCAUAUGCUGUCUUCACUAGCGGUACUACAGGCAAUCCCAAAGGAGUUCUUGUGACUCAGGAAAACCUACUCAGCAACCUCGAGGUCCUAAGCAAAAUUUACCCUGUCCCGGAAGGAUCUAGGCUACUUCAAGCCUGUAACCAAGCUUUCGAUGUCAGCGUGUUUGAGAUCUUCUUCACUUGGUAUACUGGCAUGUGUUUGUGCUCGGCCUCCAAGGACGUUUUGUUCCGUGAUCUCGAGAGCGCAAUCAAUGAACUUGGCAUUACACAUCUCUCUCUGACACCGACUGUGGCGGCCUUAACAGAUCCAGCACAUAUCCCGAAAGUGCAAUUCCUUGUCACUGCUGGAGAAGCCGUCACUCAUCAUGUCCAUAGUGCUUGGGCUGGCAGAGGGCUUUACCAAGGCUACGGUCCGUCGGAGACAACCAAUAUCUGUACAGUGAAUCCAGCAGUAGAGCCCAAUCAUGUCAUCAACAACAUUGGCCCACCUUUCGUAAACACAUCUGCAUUUGUGUUGACACAGGGAUCUAACUUCCAACUGGUCCCUCUUGGUGGCUUAGGUGAACUUUGCUUCGGCGGACAGCAAGUGUUCCGUGGCUAUCAAAACAUGCCUGAGCUUACGGAUAGUAAAAUUAUCAACCAUCCAAAAUAUGGCCGCAUCUACCGUAGUGGAGAUCUUGGUCGGUUGUUGCCCGAUGGGACGAUCCUGAUUCAAGGCCGUACUGAUGAUCAACGAAAGAUUCGUGGUCAAAGAAUUGAGCUUGGCGAAAUUUCUGGAAGUCUACUCCAAGUCCCACAUGUGCAGGACUGCGCGAUCGAGAUCGUCAAAACUGCAGACAGAGAACGUCUCAUGGCCUUCUGGAUCCCAGCCGGUUAUGCCAAGGACGUGUACAAAGUACUCCAACCAGACAGUCCACUACGAGAGGUCAUAGCAACAAUGUUUGUGCACCUCGCUGACCAUCUGCCCGUUUACAUGAUCCCAGAUGCAUUGAUCCCAGUAUCUGCUAUUCCUCAAACCCUACAAGGCAAGAUUGAUAGAAGGCGGUUAGCCAAUGAUGGCUCAACACUCAGUGUGGAUGACCUUGAUACAUUUUCUCAAGGUUCCGGUGCCGAUGGAGAUAUCGGUGAGCUCUCUGCAACCGAACAACAGAUACUUUCUGCACUGGCAGAUACUUUGGGCAUGCCACACGCUUCAAUCGGCCGCUCAACCUCUUUCUUUGCUUUGGGCCUCGAUUCUGUGUCUGCAAUCCGUCUUGCGACCAAGCUGAGAACUGAUCACCGAUAUGAGAUUGAUGUGUCUCAGAUUCUCAAAAGGCCCACUAUUGCCAGACUGGCUUCGCAAAUCCAGGAUGCACAACUGGAAAGCUCGGAGCAAACUAACGGACAUACUGCGGCAGAUUGCGAAGCAACUAUUGGUCCUGAUCUACAUGAGGUUGUAGUAUCACAGCUACGUGAGCACGGUCAGACAGUACAACACGUUCUUCCGUGUACGCCUUUGCAGGAGGCGAUGCUCUCCACANAAAACACACCCGAGACUUCCACUUACAUAAACAAAACACUGUUCAGUCUGCAGGGCUCGGUCGACAAGCUGAAAUCUUGCUGGGGAACUAUGUUGCAGAGGCAUAGUAUCCUAAGGACAAUUUUCGUCCCAACGGAGGAUCCGAGAUUUCCCUUUGUGCAGGCUGUCCUAUCAGAGUGGACCUUACCGUGGGAGGAGCACCGUAAUGUUUUUAACCGCUCUUCGGAGUUGCUUGAGUUUUCACAGGCUGAUAAUGAUCUACUUUCCGAGACCACGCCACCUUGGAAAAUUCAAGUCUUUGAAUCAGGGUCUACCUUCUACCUUUUGCUCGACAUGCAUCACGCACUCUACGAUGCUAACGCAAUGUCCAGUCUUCUGUACGAGGUCGAGCAGUUGUAUAAAGACCAACCGCUUCCUGGACCGAUAUCGUUCAAACCUUUUCUUGAUUUCAUGACCUCUGGGAGUGUUGAACAAGCAGAUAGGUUCUUUGGCAAUCAGCUUCAGCAGUUCAUACCAAAGCCGUUUACCAAAACAGAGGUAGGACAAUCAAAAAGCGGCUUUGGCAUGAUCAAUGGAAAACUCGACUUCUCGCUCGACAUAGUUGAGAGCUUCCUAACAAGGCAUUCGACAACCAUGCUUAGUCUUGUUCAAGCAAUGUGGGCGAAAACAUUGUCCGCUUCUCAAUCCUACUCAGACGUUUGCUUUGGCAACGUGGUCAGUGGGCGAAGCGUGCCUGUCUAUGGUAUUGAGUCUUUGGUCGCGCCAUGUUUCAACACCAUCCCCGUUCGUAUCGACUUAUCAAGGCACCGAAGCAAUCUAAGCCUCAUAAAAGCUCUGCAAACGGUCAACAUCGAUAGCCUGCCGUAUCAGCUCACACCUCUGCGCCGUAUCCAGGCACAAGCUGGUACCAACGGGCAGCGUUUGUUUGAUUCUCUUGUUCUUCUGCAGCAGAAUUCUACAGACCUUGACCCAACCAUCUGGAAGUUGGAGCGUGAAUCGGGAUUUAUGGAUUUCCCUUGCAUCGUCGAACUUACGCCCAACAGCGAAUCAUAUACCCUUUCCUUGCAUUUCAAUCGAUACCCGUCGAGCGAUGUUUUUGAUUUCAUUGAUCUGGACAAGAAUUUAGUAGCUGGUGUUUUGAAGCCGGAUGAAAAAUAUAUGCAGUCUAUCGAGACUGUUCAGCAAAGGCGGCUCGAAACUCCUGGACCUUCUAGCGACGAGUCCUGGUCGUCUCUUGAAUUGCAAAUUCGUGCGGCGUUCUCUGCGGUGUCCGCUGCUCCUGAGGAUCAGAUUGGAAGGGACACAACAAUCUACAGGCUUGGCUUGGACAGUAUCAGCGCGAUCCAACUUGCCAAUCGGCUUCGAAAAGACGGACUCCCAGUGCAAGCUAGCGACGUAAUGGAGGGCCCAUCGUGCUCACAGUUGGCAUCCGCUGUUCAGACCCGAUCACAAACUCCUGUUCUGGACACAUCCACAUUUGACUUUGAUACGUUCGACAAGCGCUACCGUCAGUUUGCCUUGAACAGUCAACGAAUUGCUACUGAAAAAGUGUCUGCGGUCCGACCUUGCACUCCUGUGCAGUCUGGCAUGCUUAGUGAGUACACACACUCUGAUGGCCAUCAGUAUUUCAACCACACUUUUUACGCGGUCGAGGUAACUCUUGAACCUGAGAAGUUCCGGUUCGCAUGGUCACAAGUUCUCAAGCAACACGAGAUACUACGUACUGGAUUUGUCGGUACUGAUGAUCCUGAGCAUCCUUUCGUGAUGUUGACCUACAACGAGCUCAGGGCCAAUGAACUCGAGAUCCGAACUUCGUCACAAGACGACUCGACGUUCGAGUACUGCGAACGAACGGCUUCAGAUUCUGUCAGAGAUAGCCUUCAUAUACCUCCCUGGAGAUGGUGUUUACUUGAAGUGCAGGGCACGCGAUAUUUGCAGUUUUCUGCACACCAUGCCAUCUUCGAUGCAGAGAGUCUACGCUUGGUCAUGUCCGAUCUCCAAUCUGCUCUCUCUAGUGGCUAUGUCGCCGCAAGACAAUCAAUCGACGGCGCAUUGAGUCACGUUCUUUUGAGCAGCCAAGCCGAUUUGGAAGCACAACGCACUUUCUGGUCACAGAAACUUGGUGGUGCUUCAGUAACUCGCUUCCCUAAUUUGGCACCGACUAGAACCGAAAGUACUAAUACGGUAAACGUUGAGCUGGUUCUUGGGUUCCAGCGGAACGAGCUAGAGGCUCGUUGUCAAGAACUCGGUGUGUCAAUGCAAUCAGUCGGCCAGGCAGCUUGGACCCGACUAUUGAGCGCGUACACUGGAGAGUCGCAAGUGACUUUCGGUGUGGUAUUUUCUGGCCGAACGACUCCUGCUACAGCCGAUACUGCUUUCCCCUGUAUCACAACCCUUCCGGUAUCGAGCAAUGCUGCGGUGGAUGAUGCUCAGCUCCUCCAAGAUUUGAUGUCCCAUAAUGCCAGCGUUCAGAAGUAUCAGUUUACGUCUUUGACAAACAUACAGAAGUACGCCGAACUGCCAAACGAAGCAUUGUUCGACUCCAUCUUUGUGUACCAAAGACCGCUGAACGAAGAUAUUCCCACUUCUUCCUGGAAGAUCGCACGCGAGAGCGCUUCAGUUGAGCUUGCUGUCUCUAUUGAAAUGGAAGCACUCAGUGACAACCGACUUGGUCUUCGAUUGACGAUUAACCCUGCUCAGGUACCCUACGAGCAAGGCAAGAUCGUGUUACAGCAGAUGGAAGCCAUAAUUACCGGACUGCUCAAAUUACAAGAGGCACCUGAUUCAUCAGUUCUGUCUAUCAUCCCACCAAAGGAUUCCAUCAUCCCAACCGACUUCCAGUAUCUGCACGAAAUGACUGAGGCUUCUGUCAAGCACUAUUCAGACCGUAUUGCGAUGGAAUUUGUAGACGGUCUGGAAGACGGACAAAUCACGAGUCGACACUGGACUUUCCGCCAGCUUGACGAAGAAGCAAACAAGAUAGCACAUCUCCUGACCGAUCGUGGUGCAAAGCCUGGCGACAUCAUUGCAACUUCAUUCGACAAGUGUCCAGAAGCAUCAUUCGCGUUCUACGGUAUCCUCAAGGCAGGCUGUGCCUUCUGCGCUAUCGACCCUACAGCACCAGCAGCUCGCAAAGCCUUCAUUCUAAAAGAUUCUAGUGCUCGAGUCCUAUUGACGUCUGAUUCAAUUCGCGCAGAGUUAAAAGAGUUGACUCAUUGCGAUGUGGUUGACCUGAUCAACUUGGAAGAGAGAAGUUCGUUGCCGACUUCCUCGGUUUCGGUAACGGGAUUGUCUCCUUCUUCUGUCAGCUAUGUCUUGUACACUUCGGGAACUACAGGAACACCUAAGGGAUGUGAGAUUACUCAUGACAACGCCGUUCAGUUGAUCAUGUCCUUCAAGCGCCUGUUCAAGGGAAGAUGGACAGACGAAUCCCGCUGGCUUCAAUUCGCCUCGUACCAUUUCGAUGUUUCGGUCUUGGAGCAGUUUUGGACCUGGAUUGUUGGCAUGCGUCUCGUGUGUGCUCCUCGCGAUCUCAUCCUAGAAGACAUUGCGGGCUUCCUCGACACCAUGCAGAUUACUCACCUUGAUCUCACGCCAUCUCUUGGCAGGCUUCUUGAUCCUGCUUUGGUGCCCAGUUUGCACAAAGGUGUGUUCAUCACUGGUGGAGAAUCGCUCAAGCAAGAUCAAAUCAACACAUGGGGAGAUGUCGGCUGUCUGUUUAAUUUCUACGGGCCUACAGAAUGCACAAUCGGUGUAACUGUCUUCCCUAGUGUGCCANAAGAGGGCAAGCCAUCCAACAUUGGCUGGCAGUUUGACAAUGUUGGCUGCUACGUCUUGACCCCAGGGUCUCAGACCCCCGUUUUACGUGGUGCCGUCGGUGAACUCUGCAUAUCCGGAAAGCUUGUAGGCAAGGGCUACCUGAACCGUCCUGAGCUUACUGCAGAUUGCUUCCCAUACCUUGAUGUCUUUGGCGAGCGAGUCUACCGUACAGGCGACCUGGUCCGUCUUUUCCACGAUGGAUCAAUCGACUUCUUGGGCCGAAAAGAUAAUCAAGUCAAGCUCAGAGGGCAAAGACUUGAGAUUGAUGAGAUUGAAGCGGUGAUCAAGCGCUGUCAAGACAUACAGGACACUGUCUGUGUUGUUGCCAAACACCCCAAACAACAAAAAGAUCAGCUUAUCGCUUUCAUCGGCAUUGAUGAGUCCAGGAAACAAGGCAAACCUGAGUUGUGCCCAGCUGAGUCAACCAAACAUCUUAUCCAAACAGCGCGUGCAGCAUGCGAAGAACGCUUGCCUGGUUAUAUGGUGCCUACACACUUCUUGCCGAUUCAGCGCAUCCCCUUGUCCGUGAACAACAAAGUAGAAGAGAAGCUACUCCGUCAACUAUAUGCUGGUUUGCCCACUACUAUCAUCCAAAGCUAUGCUACGCAAGCAGACAGCCAACAGUCUCUUAGCGAAGGAGAGAGGAGGGUUGCUCGAGUUCUCGCUGAACUACUCAAGAUUGAUGAGGACGACCUCAAACCUUCAUCCAACAUCUUCACUCUCGGACUCAAUUCCAUCUCAGCCAUCCAGUACUCUAGAAAGCUCAAGAAAAGUGGCUUCUCGAACGCGCAAGUGGCGACUGUGCUUAAGAGCUCGACUAUCGGCAAGUUGGCCAAAGCACUCGCUGUAUCGACAGAUCGAUUGGAUGGCGAGGUCGCUGAUUCUAAACAAGUCAUUUCUGCUUGUCGACAAAAGCAUAUGGGCACAAUCACUCGUGUCCUUCGCUGUAAAGCGGAUGACAUCGAAGCCAUUGCACCGUGUACACCCUUACAACAAGGCAUGAUCUCAAGAUCCCUAGCAAGCGAAUCUUCGCUCUACUUCAACAGCUUCAAAUACAACGCUGAAGGAGUUGAUUUGCAAAGGUUGGAGAUGGCCUUCAAUGAGACUUUGAAACGAACACAGAUCUUACGUACCUUCUUUGUCGAAACUGAUGACGGUUAUGUACAGGCUGUGAGAAAGACAGGCCAUCUUCCAUGGUGGACACUCGAGGUCUAUGAUCUUGCAUCUGUGGACAGUGUUUUUGCUAAACGCAAACAGAAAUGGCGCUCCUACAACACUGCUCAUUUGACUGUACCCUUUGAGGUUGUGGCUAUCCGUUCUGGCUCAGAAAAUUUUGUGUCUGUCGACCUACAUCAUGCACUUUACGAUGGCAACUCUUUUGACAUGUUGAUGGACAAUGUCUGCAAGCUCUACGCUUCCGAAGACGCUGACUUCGGCAAAUCCUUCGUUGAAUGCCUGCCCUUUGGUCCUUUGCGCAAUGUGCAGGGCGCGAAACAGUUCUGGCUAGACCAUCUUCAAGACGUCGAACCUGCACCCAUGCCUCGACUUGUUGAACAUGCAACGAUUCGAGACAUCCUGUGUACAGCCAGCCUGGACAUCCUGACUCAAGUAGAUGAGCUUCGACGUUCUCUUGGUGUGACCAUCCAAGCUUUGGUCCAAGCAAGUUGGAUUGUUACUCUGCGGAAGUACUAUCAAGGUGCCAUUGGUACAGUUGUCUCCGGACGCUCAAUCGAUUUUGAUGGCGUUGAGAAGGUGAUCGGACCCUUGUUCAACACUAUUCCCUUCUACUUGAGAUGUGAGCCAGGAGAUUCAUGGCAGGCUCUUAUAAAAAGAUGUCACGACUUCAACACAACAGCUCUGCCCUAUCAACACACGCCCCUUCGCGAUAUCUUGAAGUGGUGUAAUAGGNGAAACUCGGACCCGCUUUUCGAUGCAUUGUUCGUAUACCAAGGCACUCUCGAUGACCAUAACACCGGCACCCCAAUCCUCAAGCCUCUAGCAGAUGGCUUUUUCGAGGCAGACUACCCGCUCUCAUUUGAGGCGGAAGAGGCAGCAAACGGAGAGCUGAAGGUCACUGUGGCUGCCAAGGCCUCAGUUUGCGACGAGGUGAAGGCUCGAAAGUUGAUUGAUGAGUUCCACCAAGCCUUCUUGGCGAUAACCAACUCACCUGAGGACGACGUUGGUGUGAGCAUUGGCCAUACCUUCGAAAGGCUUGCCAGAAGUGCAAAUGGCAACAACCAAAAAGACCAAAUCAAAGAUACAGCCGACUUUGAAUGGCGUACCGAAGCUUCUGUCAUACGCUCGGAGAUGGCGACCCUUGCCGGUGUGCAGGAAGCUGAGAUUGGUCAAAGCACUUCCAUAUUCGAGGUUGGACUGGACAGUGUGGAUGCUGUAAGGCUCUCGUCGCGUCUCAAGAAANAGAAUAUUGCUCUGCCUGUGAGCACUAUCAUGCGAUCACAAACGAUCGCUCAUAUGGUUUCAACAUUGGUGAACGGCAAGAUUGACAUGUCGAAGACGAAGCCAGAUGGCGCUUUCCAAGCCCUCGAGAGCAAGCUUACCUCCUAUGCACAAGGCCGAGUAGAGAACAAUGGUUCUAUCGAACGUGUUCUGCCAGCUAGUCCCAUGCAGGAGGCUUUGGUCUCAGAAAUGGUACGUUCGUCGUACAAAGCCUACUUCAACCAUGAUAUCCUAAAGGUGUCUGAGAACGUUGACCAUCAGAGGCUUGAGAAGGCAUGGCAAACAGUCAUCGAGGCUUCUCCUAUUCUUCGCACCGGCUUCCUCGAAGUCGAAGAUCCAGACUUGAAUGCUACCUUUGCUCAAAUUGUACAUGUGCCUGACACUUUGAGGAUAGAUUCGAUCGAGCUGUCGAGUGAAGAUGCCAUAAAUGAGCAUCUGGCGCACAUUAGCUCCAGCGUAGCUUCAGCCGCUCCAUUCGGACCUCAAUUACGAUUGACCUGGGUAUCCACGCCCGGCGCGAAUUAUCUUGUGUUCUCGAUUGCUCAUGCUCUCUACGAUGGUCACAGUAUCUCACUGCUUCAUCAAGAUGUCCUCAGGGCUUACAACAAUACCUUUGAGGCUCGCCCGUUCUAUGCUGAGAUUUUGAAAGACACUUUCUAUGGUAGUCCCGAGGAGGCUAUCAUGUUCUGGCGCAGCCUUUUGACCGAUGCGAGAAAGACCCAGCUUCCAGAUACUAGAAACAUUGGUAACUCCGAGAAAGUCACCCACCGCGCAGAGAAGACGAGUUUGCUUGCCGCCAAUGACCUCUCAUCGUUCUGCAAGCAGCAUGGAGUCACACUACAAGCCGUCUGCCAAACAGCAUGGACUUUUGUCCUCGCUCACACCGUGCAAUCCUUGGAUGUUAUGUUUGGAGUGGUCUUGGCUGGUCGUGAUAGCGAACUUGCCGAAGAAGUCAUGUUUCCUAUGAUGAACACAGUCAUCAUGCGUUCUGUCCUGCAUGGAUCUAGAAAAGACGUGCUGCAAAGCAUACAAGCAACCAUAUCUGACAUCUCUAACCAUCAGCACUUCCCGCUGCGUCAGAUCCAGGCUGCAUGCCAAGGACAGGUCCAAUCAUCGACAGCUACAGGUCAGAACGAUGCUUUCUUCGACACGCUUUUCACUUUCCAGCGCCGACCAGACGUUGGCGAGGCUGAGGACCAAAUACUUUACGAGUCCGUCAAUGGAGCCUCCGAGGUCGAGUAUCCUGUAGCUGUUGAGGCUGAGAUUGUCAAUGGCUCAUUGAUCUGGCGCACGGCUUGCAAAAGCAGUGCUUUUGAUGAGGAUGGUGUAAACAACCUCCUUGGCACUCUCGAUGGUGUCUUACAAGCAAUUGUCGACCAGCCGCAUGAGCCGACACUGACGUUCCAUAACAAAGAAGUCAGUGUUUGUGGUUUGCCUGCUUUCCAGCAGCCGGUAGAAGCUGGUCCAACCCGGGCAGUAGAGGCCGAUAACGACGUGAUCGAGAACGAAGACAACUGGUCCGAUAUUGAGUCAGCCAUACGAGAUAUUAUUGCANAGGUCACCAAGACGCCAGAAUCCGAGAUCUCGAAAACUGCGUCUAUCCAAAAUUUGGGUGUCGAUUCAAUUAACGCUAUCAAGCUCUCGGCUUUGCUGCGUCAGAAAACCAUCAGGAUCACCGUUAGCGAGAUUAUGCGUGCUGGAUCGGUUUCAAAGAUUGCAUUAGUGGCACAAAACAAGAUGACAAAGAAGACGACCAAGGCUGAUGGUGACACUGCUGAUAGGGCUAUUGCCAAGUUCAUGGCACAGAGAGGUUUCACGCCUGGAAGAUUUGGCUACGAGGAUCAACACAUCGAUCAAAUUCUGCCUGCAACUGCUGGUCAAGUCUACAUGUUAGGUGCAUGGCUUACCACUGACUGCCAGCUCUUCUAUGGAGAGUUCGAGUAUGUUACCGCUAUACCGACCACUGUGGACAGUAUCAAGCAAGCAUGGCAGAAACUCGUCGCCAGCAAUGCAGUAUUGCGCACAGUCUUUGUCGCUACUCAAGACAACGAGACACCUUUCUUACAACUCGUGUUGCGUGACGCUCCUGCUUCAUUUGUGGAUCUGGACAAUGAAGAGAAGCCGUCGUCAACCCUCAAGCAGCCAUUUGCCCAUUUGACAGCGCAGAAGGCAGAUGGUGGUUUCAAACUCUGUCUCAAAAUUCAUCACGCACUGUACGACGCUGUGAGUCUGUCAUUGCUGAGCCAACAGCUGGCUAGUCAUCUGCAAGGCUCUGCCGUGACCAAGCAAUCUCCUAUCGCGUUCAUCGACUUCAUUGCUCAACCUCUGAGCACCGUUGAGGCAAGUGGGAGAAAAGCUUUCUGGGUUGACUACCUUCAAGGCACGCAGUAUCCACAAUUGGAGUCUGAUGCUUCACCAUCAGCCCGGCAUAUCGAAGUCUACGAUCCUUGCGCCAUGUCCGAUAUGUCCAAGUUUGAGAGCGGACUGAGAAAGCAAGGACUCAGCCUCCAGUCUGUCUUCUUCGCUGCCUACGCCAGAGCGUACAGCUAUAACUCCGACCCUACAGCCGAGGACGUGAUAAUAGGUAUUUAUUUAGCCAACCGCUCACAUCUGGAAGAUCUAUCCAGCCUAGCAGCACCAACACUGAACCUCGUUCCUUUACGCGUCCGCUCGCCCACAACGACCUCUCUUGCUGAGCUCGCCAAACAGAUCCAAAAAGAUCUGCAACUCAUUGGCACGCCUGAGAAUAGCAGUGUUGGACUGUGGGAGAUUGAGGCAUGGACGGGAAUCACCGUGGACACCUUUGUCAACUUCGUAAAGGUGCCAGAAAACGACGAUGAUGCCGCCAGAAAGCAAGUAAUCGUGAUGGAUGAGGCGGCAGAAAAGCAUCGCACAGAAAAGCGAAGUCAGNGGUCUGAUCUCAUGGGAGAUGACUUUGUCGUACCACAAGAGCUGCAGCAUGAAGACUUGAAGAAAACGUACAAGCGAUCACUGGAUAUCGAAGCGACUGUCGCUGAUGGUGAGCUUGGCAUUGGUGUAUUUGGAUGGGAAGAUACGAUGGACGUAGAACAAGCUGAGGGCUUGGUCGAAGAGCUGAAAAUCGAGAUUGCAGGAGUACUUGAAUUGUGA